AUGAGAGAAAAGAAGAAUUCAUUUACUAUUUUUCUAACUGAAAACAAUCUGUGUUCCAUCAACUAUAUACAACUUGACUAAAACAAUUACAACAAAAUUCCCCAACAGUUUUUCCCGCCAAAUGCUUCUUGAUUCUGAUUGGUCAGCUGAAAUGCAGUUAUCUGUGAUACUAUAACAGACUGUUUCAACUGCAGUAUCUCUCUGUGGCAAACAAUUCUUUCGAAGCUGGAUUCCCCACUGAUCUGAGUAAUUGUGUAGGCCUAAAGUACAUCAGUAUGUACGGCAAUGAUCUUGAAGGAAAGCUGCCUAGUGAGUUUGCUUCUUGGUCUCAGCUUGUAACGUUGCAUCUUGGAAACAAUCAUUUUACUGGGCCAAUUCCAUCUUCCAUAGGGAAUAUCUCGUCUCUUCGUGUUCUUGAUUUAAGCAGUAAUAAUCUAGUCGGAGGAAUACCUUUAGAAAUUGCUCAUCACAAUAAACUAGAGGAUCUUAAGUUGGGACUAAACAAUUUGGAGGGUAUGGUUCCUGGUCCACUUUAUAACAUUUCGUCCCUCCAUACUAUUGAUAUCUCGAGUAAUAAGUUAGCAGGAACACUUCCAGCAGAUUUGUGCUUGACCCUUCCUGAGUUGCGAGGGUUCAGCGCUGGAGGGAACAGAUUUUCAGGCCCGCUUCCAUCAUCACUUGCUAAUGCAUCCAGUCUUGUUAAAUUUUCGGUAUGGGGUAACCAUAUUACAGGCCCUGUGCUGGUGAAUUUUCGAUGUUUGUCUCAUCUUGAAAACCUGAAUUUGGGUAGAAAUCCGCUUGGAGACGCUCAAAAGGACUUGACAUUCUUCGAUUCUCUGGUCAACUGCACUCAUCUAAGGAGAUUGGCCUUAGACCAGACUGGAAUUAGAGGGGAGCUACCAAAUUCCAUUACAAACCUCUCCACGACUCUCGAGGUCCUCGAUUUGCGUGGGAACCAGAUAUACGGAAUCAUACCUCGUGAAAUUGGUAAGCUUCUGAGCCUGACACUGUUAAUUCUGGAACACAACUUGUUAACAGGGAGUGUUCCUGAAUCAGUUGGAUAUCUAUCAAAGUUAAACAUACUAAUUCUGGGAGGAAACAACAUUUCAGGACUAAUACCAACUUCCAUUAGCAACUGUACUCAAUUACUUGAUCUUAGCUUAGAAAAUAAUAGGCUCCGAGGAAGCAUGCCUACUGAAUUAUUUAACAUGUCAUCUUUACAAAUUCUUUCCCUUUCGAACAACAAACUUGAAGGGGUAGUCCCUGAACAAGUUAGAGGACUUUCUCCCCAAUGUAUUUCCCUUCUUUUGGACCGAAAUUUAUUAACAGGGCCACUGCCAUCGAACAUUGGAAGCUUAAGACAUUUGAACCAUCUAUCUGUUGCUAACAACAAGCUAACUGGUCAUAUACCCGCUACUCUUGGUGAUUGUGUGAUGUUAGAGGUUUUGUAUAUGGAGGGAAACCUUUUUGAAGGGAAAAUUCCAUCUUCUUUUGAAGCUUUGAAAAGUCUCAGAUUUUUGGAUCUUUCAAGUAACAAUCUAUCUGAGAAUAUUCCAAUUUUUUUCGAGGGGUUUCCUCUACUUGAAUUUCUCAAUCUUUCAAACAACAAACUUGAAGGUGAAGUGCCUAGAGAACGUCUAUUUUCAAACAUUAGUGCCUUUUCAGCCGUUGGAAAUGAAGGGCUCUGUGGAGGAAUUCGAUCAUUACAUCUGCCUGCUUGUCAGGUAAAAGAAUCAAGGAAUAAGAGAAAGACAUUUCUGCUAAUAGUUAUACUCUUAGUUCUUGUACCCCUUGGUAUCUUGUUAGCAUGUCUUGUCUUUACUUUUUGUCGACGUCCAAAGUCUAAACAGCUGGAUGACCCUGCCACAAUAUUGCAUGACAACCAAUAUCUAAGGCUUUCAUACCAAGAUCUUCUACUAGCUACAGAUAACUUCUCCCCAAACAAUUUGCUGGGUAAAGGAAGAUACGGUUCUGUUUACAAAGGAGUUCUCAAAUCCUCAGAACAAAUUGUUGCUGUCAAGGUACUAGAUGUUGAAUUGCAUGGAGCCAACAAGAGUUUUUUGGCAGAGUGUGAAACAUUGAGGAAUAUACGUCACCGGAAUAUCAUCAAGAUCAUUACAGCAUGCUCUAGCACUGAUUAUAAGGGUAAUGAAUUCAAGGCAUUGGUUUUUGAGUUCAUGGCUAAUGGGAGCCUAGACAACUGGUUACAUCCGAGUCCUUGUUCCUAUCAAGGAAAAGACAGAAAUUUAACUCUACUCCAGAGGCUAAAUAUAUCUAUUGAUGUUGCACUGGGAAUUGAUCACCUACAUCAUCAUAGUCACGGAAGUAUAAUUCAUUCUGAUAUAAAGCCAAGCAACAUACUUCUUGAUGGGGAAUUUGUUGCUCGUGUUGGUGAUUUUGGUUUGGCGAAAUUCUUCUUGGAUACUGAAAAUCACAUCAGUCGAACACAAACAAAUUUCACCAGUGUCCAUGGAACGGUUGGAUAUGUUCCGCCAGAGUAUGGAAUGUGUGCGGAGAUGUCUGCAGAGGGAGAUGUGUAUAGCUAUGGAAUUUUUCUCUUGGAAAUGUUUUCUGGGAAACGACCUACAGAUAUCAUAUUAAUGGACAGUGGUAAUAAUCUUCAUGACUAUGUGAGGAAGGCACUCCCGGAAAGAGUGAUGGACAUUGUUGACCCACGGAUAUUACUAGAUCAAGAAUAUCGUAGCUUCACUGUAAAUCACAGCAGGGCUACCAUGGAGGAAUGCCUGGCAUCAAUAUUUGAAGUGGGAAUAUUGUGUUCAGAAGAGACGCCAAGAAAACGCAUUGACAUGAGUGUUGCUGUUAAGCAAUUACAUGCGGCAAGAGACAAACUUCUAUGCUGCAAGAGGCAAUCACUGUAGC